AUGGACAUCAAUGGCGUUGUCGUUCGACGAAUCCUGGUAGACACCGGAAGCAGCGUCAAUGUGCUAUACUUAGAAACCUUCAUCAAAAUGGGAAUGACUCGAGAACAGCUGAGUCCUGUCAAAACUCCCCUCGCCGGUUUCACAGGGGACUCGGUGGAGGCGGAAGGAUCAAUCACAGUUCCCGUGGAGAUUGGCAGUUACCCAGAUGUACAGAAACUCAGCUUGAAGUUCAUUGUGGCGGGCGAGCCCUUAUUUCUGUACUUAGCCGCCUCCUGCAAGGCGGUGAGUUCGGUGUUGGUCCGAGAAGAAGAGCGAGUCCAGCACCCGGUUUAUUACGUGAGCCGGUCCCUGAAGGCUGCCGAGUCAAGGUAUACCGCCUUGGAAAAAAUUGUAUACGCGUUGGUGAUCACCGUGCGCAAGUUGGCACCCUACUUCCAAGCCCACACCGUCCGAGUACUGACGGACCAACCACUCGGAAGCGUUUUGCGAAACCCAUCGUCGUCCGGCCGCCUGGUAAAAUGGGCUGUAGAACUAACCCAGUAUGGGAUUGAGUACCAGCCCCGGCCUUCCUUAAAAGGGCAAGCCUUGGCCGACUUCUUGGUCGAAUGCACGGCGAGCGAGGAAGAGAAGGAACACGCCACGGAGAAUUGCGUAGGCGAAUGGUGGGAAAUGCAUGCGGAUGGAGCAUCAAGUCGACAGCACUGUGGAGGUGGUGUUGUGCUUAUCACUCCCGAAGGAUUCCGACUGUAUUAUGCCCUGAGCUACCUGUUCCAAGCCUCCAACAACGAGGCCGAGUACGAAGCUGUGUUAAAUGGCCUCCGACUCCCCAGGGCCCUAGGGGUCGAGAGGUUACGAGUCAAGACUGACUCUAGGUUAGUAGUCGGGCAGAUCUCAGGCACAUGCGAGGCCAAGAAUGCCUGGAUGACUCUAUAUAGAGAGCGCGCAGUCGAGAUGUUAAAAGAGUUCGGAGCCUACAAAAUAGAGUAUAUAUCCCAAACGAAUAACAUAGAAGCUGACAUAUUAUCCAAGAUUGCCUUGGAGGGAGUACCGGACCACUUGGCAAAAAUCUGUCAAAAGGAGGAGCUAAGUCGACCAAGCGUUGAAGAAACAACGUUAAGGAUCCAACAAGUGACUGGCGAGGAAUGGGACCGAGAGAAAAACCCCGAGAUGUUCUGGAUAGAGGACAUCCGGCGAUUCAUAGAAAAAGGCGAGUUACCGGUAGACCCGGGAGUCACCGCAAGGGUUCGACGAAAGGCCCCCUCUUUCCAAAUCAUUGAUGGGCAACUAUAUAAACAAUCAUUCGGGGGACCUUUGUUAAAAUGUUUGCUAAGGCCUGAGGCCGAGAAAAUAAUGGCCGAAGCCCAUAGAGGCAUUUGUGCCGCGCACCAAGGCGCCCACACGCUUGCUCGAAAGUUAGUCGUCCAAGGAUAUUAUUGGCCAACCAUGAUGCGGGACUGUAUUGAAUGGAUAUCCAAGUGCGGCGUUUGCCAGGCAUUCGCCAAGAAAGACACUCGGCCAGCUACCUUUUACACGCCGGUCACCACCGCCAUCUCAUUUGCCAAGUGGGGGAUCGAUUUGCUGGGGCCAUUACCAGUCGCCCCCGGAGGCUUGAAGUUCUGUGUCAUAGCUAUCGACUACUUCACCAAGUGGGUCGAGGCGGAACCACUGGCUACCAUAACCGAGUACCAAUGCCGAUGUUUUUUGUGGAGAAGGGUGAUUUGCCGCUUCUGCCUGCCGAGCACAUUGUCAGCGACAACGGGCGACAGUUCGAUUGUCAGGCAUUCGCCGACUUCUGCCGCCGACACGAUAUCCGCCACACUAAGGUGUCGAUGGCAUACCCACAGGCCAACGGACAAGUCGAGAACGUGA